AUGGCUGUCUGGUUCACGAUCGGCGUUGCACUGUUUGCUGCAAUCGGAACCUUUCUUUUCGGAUUCGACACGGGAAUCGCUACGACAACAAUCGCUCAUCAAAGCUGGAUAAACUACAUGAACCACCCCUCCAAUGGCCUCACCGGUGCUGUCGUCUCAGUUUACAUUGCCGGCGAAGCAGUCGGCGCGCUCACUCAGACUGCUGUCGGAGAUAAACUUGGACGCCUUAGAUUUAUGGAGCUACUGUGUGUAGUCGUCACAAUUGGCACAGUCAUUCAGACAGCUUCAGUCAAUAUUGGAAUGUUCCUUGCUGGACGUGCGCUAGCUGGCUAUGCAGUUGGUGGUCUCGUCGCUACGGUUCCCAUAUAUCUGAGCGAAAUCUCAGACCCUCGCUAUCGCGGCCUGAUCGGUGGCAUUUCGGGUUGCGGCAUCUCCUUUGGAACGAUGGCUUCCAACUGGAUCGGAUAUGCUUGCAGCUACGCGCCGUAUGGGCCAGUACAAUGGAGACUGCCUCUGGGAAUACAAAUACCUUGGGGGGUCAUCAUGUUCUUUGGACUGAUCACCUUUAUGCCCGACUCACCGCGCCAUCUGAUCCGUAAAGGAAAUGUUGAACAGGCGCGGGUCCAGUACAAGAGGAUCCGUCGAGAUCUGGCCGCUGAUGAACUCCAACAGGAGUUCGCUGCGAUGGAGGCGCAGAUUGAAUAUGAAAAGGAGCGAGAAAUAACUUCUUAUAAGGAUAUAUUCAGACUGUUCAGACGCCGUGCAUUAGUAUCGAUUGCUGUACAGACCAUGACCAGUCUUACUGGUGUGAAUGUGAUUCAAUACUAUCAAACUGCCGUAUACGGCACAGUGGCAUUCAUCUUCAACUGCAUUACGACCAAAUACCUAACCGACCAAUGGGGUCGUCGAAAAAUGCUCCUAUCCGGCUUGGGCGGAAUCAUCAUCGUUGAGAUCUACGCAGCCGUCAUGCAACGCGAGUUCCAAAACACCGACAACCGAGUCGGAAAAGGCUUUGCCAUUCUGGGGAUCUAUCUCUUCGUAGUAGCAUACUACGGCAUGCUCAACAGCACAACCUGGCUCUACGGCGCCGAAGUCCUUCCCAUAGCCCUCCGAAGCAAAGUAAUGGGUCUAGCAGCAGCAUCACACUUUAUCGUCAACGUAGCCAUCACCGAAGCCGGCCCCAGUGCAUUUGCCAACAUCGGCGAAAACUACUAUUACGUUUUUGUAGCAUGCACUGUCUUCUUCUUCACUGUGGCUUAUUUUUACUUUCCUGAAACGAAGCAGCGCACACUUGAAGAAAUCGCUGCAUCCUUUGGAGAUAAGGUCAUCACGUCUGAUAAGCAAGAUGAUGGUGAGGAUGAGGAUCCAGAUGCGAAGUGCGAUUCUCAACGUGUUGAGGUGGUGUGGGGUAUACAACGUUAUUGUUACUGCUCUUCGUAUGAUGGUACAGUUAUGGUUAGAUCAUUCAGAGCUCGUUAUACAUUUUGCGUCGGUUAUCAUUAG